AUGGAGAAUAACAUUGUAGAAGAAGAUUUCAUGAAUGGAUCAGAAUUACAAGAUGAUCAAAACAAGAAGGGCACAACGAAAUCCAAAAGAAGACAACUAGGACUCUCAUGCAUGUUAAACACCGAAGUUGGUGCUGUUCUAGCUGUGAUACGUCGUUGUUCAGAAUUCAACCCUCUCUAUAACAUCCCUUCCUCAGAAGAAAGCUAUGACUCUUCCAUUGUUAGUUCCUUGAAAUCACUUCGUUCUCUCAUCUUCAACACAGAACAAGAAUGGCGCGUCAUUGACCCUUCUAUAUAUCUAUCUCCUUUCCUUGAUGUUAUUCAAAGUGGUGAUGUACCUGCUUCUGCCACCAACGUUGCACUUUCAACCCUUCUCAAGAUUCUCAAGUUUCCAUUCUUUGAUGACAAGACCCCAGGUACUAAAGAAGCCAUUGAAUCCAUUGUCUCAGGGAUCACAAGCUGUAGGCUCGAGAAAACCGACCCUGUUUCUGAGGAUGCAGUUAUGAUGAAGAUACUUCAAGUUUUGACAGGGAUAAUGCACCAUAAGGCUUCAACAUUGCUCACAGACCAAGCUGUUUGCACACUUGUGAACACUUGCUUUCAGGUUGUUCAACAAUCCGUGAGUAGAGGAGAUUUGCUUCUGAGGAGUGCAAGGUUCACCAUGCAUGAGCUUAUCCAGGUUGUUUUUUUAAGGUUGUCUGAGAUUGAGGUUAAGGAUAGAGAAGGGGAUAAUAAUUCGGAAUUGGACAUGGAGGAUGGUGAUGAUGGUGGGAAUCUGGAAUCUGGUUAUGGGGUUCGUUGUGCUAUUGAUAUAUUUCAUUUCUUGUGCUCUUUGUUGAAUGUUGUAUCAAUUGUUGAGGCAGAUGGGUCUACCACUCAUACUGCUGAUGAAGAAGUUCAGAUUUUUGCAUUGGUUUUGAUCAAUUCAGCUAUAGAAUUGAGUGGGGAUGAGAUAGGGAAGCACCCAAAGCUUUUGAGGAUGAUCCAAGAUGAUCUGUUUCAUCAUUUGAUUUACUAUGGGACAUGGUCUAGCUCGUUUGUCUUGUCCAUGAUUUGCAGCACCGUUUUGAAUGCCUAUCACUUUCUGCGAAGGUUUACUCGUUUCCAACUAGAAGCUUUCUUUGGAUAUGUGCUAAUUAGAGUUGCAACUUUGGGAAGCACAAUUCCUGUUCAAGAAGUUGCAGUUGAAGGAAUAAUAAAUUUCUGCAGGCAACCAUCAUUCGUUGUUGAAAUUUAUGUAAACUAUGAUUGUGAUCCAUGUUGUAGGAAUGUGUUUGAGGAGGUUGGAAGGUUACUUUGCAAACACUCAUUUGCAGGGAAUGGACCCUUAACCAGUUUGCAUGUCCAAGCCUUUGAAGGACUCUUGAUUAUGAUUCACAACAUUGCAGAUAAUAUUGACAAAGAUGAUUCAAGCCUUUUAGACUCUUACUCAAUUCAAUUGACCGAGUAUAAACCUUUUUGGGAGGAGAGAGACAAAGAAGAUGAAUUGGAAGCUUGGGUGGAACAUGUAAGGAUGAGAAAAUUGCAGAAAAAGAAGUUACUAAUUGCUGCAAAUCACUUUAACAGAGAUAAUAAGAAGGGUCUUGAAUACUUGAAACAUGCUAAUUUAAUCUCUCAUCCUCCCGAUCCUAUAGCAUAUGCUUACUUCUUUCGUUACACUCCUGGCCUAGACAAGAAGACAAUAGGGGAAUAUCUUGGUGACCCUGAUAGUUUCUACCUCCAAGUUCUCAAAGAAUUCACUGAAACCUUCUACUUCAAUGGCAUGAAUCUUGACACUGCAUUAAGGUUUUAUCUAGAAAGUUUUUGGUUGCCAGGAGAGUCACAAAAGAUUCAAAGAAUACUUGAAGCAUUUUCUGAGAGAUUCUUUGAUCAGCAAUCCUCAGACAUGUUUGCAAGCAAGGACACUGUUCUCAUCUUAUGCUACUCUCUCAUCAUGCUUAAUACUGAUCAACACAAUCCCCAAGUCAAGAAGAAGAUGACAGAAGAGGAAUUCAUUAAGAACAAUAGAGCAAUCAAUGCAGGACAGGAUUUACCUAGAGAGUACCUUUCUGAGCUUUUUCAAUCUAUUUCCACUUACGCAAUUGCACUUGCUCAAACUACUGUGUCAUUGGACAUGAGCCCAAGUAGGUGGAUUCAGCUCAUAAACCUAUCCAAAGUAGCACCACCUUUCAUACAAUGUGACUUUGAUCGUAGAUUGUGUAGAGAUAUGUUUGCAUGCAUUGCUGGUCCAUCAGUAGCUGCUCUUUCAUCAUUCUUUGAGCAUGCUGAUGAAGAGGAGCUUCUCCAUGAGUGCAUUGAAGGGUUAUUCUCAGUUGCUAGGAUUGCUCAGUAUGGACUAGAAGAUACCCUUGAUGAGCUCAUAACAUCGUUUUGCAAAUUCACUACACUGCUAAAUCCUUAUGCUUCUACAGAAGAGACCAUGUUUACCUUCACUCAUGAUUUGAAGCCAAGAAUGGCAACUGUUGCUGUUUUCAACAUAGCAAACAAUUUUAGAGACUCAAUUCGAGGAGGUUGGAAGAACAUAGUAGAUUGCUUGUUGAAACUCAAAAGGCUUAAACUAUUACCCCAAUCUGUCAUUGAUUUUGAGGAUGUCCCAACAACACCUGAAUCAGAUGCUAUUUCUCCAACUGAUGAUCACAAAUUUGGCAGCCAGAGAGUUUCUAGCAUGAUCACUCGUUUUUCACUUCUUUCGCAAGAAAACAUGGAAGAUGGUUUGACCCUUGGAAGUGAAUUUGAACAGAACCUAAAGAUGAUCAAAAUGUGCCGAAUCGGUAGCAUCUUCAGCUGUAGUUCAAACAUCCCUAAAGAAUGCUUACACAACCUUGGUAGAUCUUUGAUAUUUGCAGCUGCAGGAAAAGGCCAAAAGUUUAGCACACCUGUUGAGGAAGAAGAAACUGUUGAGUUUUGUUGGGAUUUGGUCACUGCAAUAGCUUUAGCUAAUGUUCACAGAUUCCAUAUAUUUUGGCCAAACUUCCAUGAUUAUCUGCUAGCAGUUGCUCAAUUUCCCAUGUUCUCCCCAAUCCCAUUUGCAGAAAAAGCUAUUCUAGUCCUUCUCAAGGUCUCUCUCAAGCUCUUUUCUACACCAAGAGAUGACAAACUAGCUGAGGAGCUUAUUUUCAAGUCUAUAACUUUAAUGUGGAAGCUUGAUAAAGAAAUUCUAGACACAUGUCAUGAGAUCAUAUCACAAACAAUUAGCAAAAUACUCAUUGAAUACCCUGCAAAUUUGCAGACUCCAUUUGGAUGGAAAUCAGUGCUAAAUUUGUUAUCAGUUGCAUGGAGGUAUCCUGAAACCUAUGAUCUAGGAAUUGAGGCCUUGAUUUCAUUAUUCUCUGAUGGAACUCAUGUGUCACGCACAAAUUAUGCAUAUUGCAUAGAUUGUGCUUUUGGUUGCUUUUUAACCAAGAACAGUCCGGUAGACAAAAAGAAGAAGAUACUGGAUAUUUUAGCUGAUUCAGUAAACUUGUUGAUUCAAUGGCACAGAAACCAAUACUCAGAUCCAGGAAGUAAUUUUAGUGCAGCAAGCAACACAAGCAAUUCCUCCAUGGAGGACAAUUUCAGAGGCCCUUCUGCAAACUAUAACAUGAAUCUAUUUGAAGAGAUAAGAAACCAUGCAGUUUAUUCUCUUCACAGAAGUUUCAAUCUAGCUGAAGAGCUGCUUUAUACAUCAUCAAACUGUAUUAACUAUUUCAACCUUGUGGUAUUUGCCAUGGUUGAUGAGCUUCAUGAGAAGAUGUUGGAAUACUCAAGAAGGGAAAAUGCAGAGAGGGAAAUGAGAAGCAUGGAAGGGACCCUUAAACUUGCAAUGGAGCUAUUGUCAGAUAUGUACUUGCAGUCAUUGAGACAAAUAGCUGAGAGUCCAGCAUUUAGGACAUUCUGGUUAGGCAUAUUGAGAAGAAUGGAUACAUGUAUGAAAGCUGACUUGGGACAUUAUGGUCCAUCAACUUUGAAUGAAAUAAUCCCUGAUUUGUUGAAAAAGAUAAUAACACAAAUGAAGGAUGAGGGAAUUUUAGCUCCAAAAGAAGAUGAUGAUAUGUGGGAAAUCACAUAUAUUCAGAUACAGUGGAUAUGUCCUGCACUUAAGGAGGAGCUAUUUCCAUUUUAA